GUUCGCUUAGGUAAUGCGCCCACAAUGAAAAGUCCCAUAACCAAAAUUCAUGGUCUUUCAGAAAAACAGUCGACGAAGUUUUCCAGUUUUCCUUAUCCAUCUCGACGCCAACCGCCCAGCCAGAAUCUAACCCCCUCAGCCAAACAGCAACAGCCGUCAAAAUGGUCAAGGUUACCAACAAGACCCUCCACUCCUCGAGGCGCAAGUCUCGCAAGGCUCACUUCGGUGCGCCUUCGAGCGUCCGCCGCAACAUCAUGAGCGCUCCCCUGAGCAAGGAGCUCCGUGAGAAAUACAACGUCCGCAGCAUUCCCAUCCGCAAGGACGACGAGGUCCAAAUUGUCCGCGGUAGCAACAAGGACAAGGAGGGCAAGGUCACCUCGGUCUACCGUCUCAAGUACGUGAUCCACGUCGAGCGUGUCACCCGCGAGAAGACCACUGGCGCCUCGGUCCCCCUUGGCAUCCACCCCAGCAACGUCGUCAUCACCAAGCUCAAGCUUGACAAGGACCGUGAGGACAUCCUGGCCCGCAUCAAGGCCGGCCGUGUCACCUCGGGCAAGGCCAAGUCCAGCGAGUAAAUCUCUGGUUACUUGAACCAAACCUCGUCAUGCGGCAAUCAGACAUGAAACAAACGAGAGACGACACAAAAAAAAUUCAAAUUCAAAAACGGCGAAAUCGGCUUAUUGGCUUCGGAGUUCUUAUCACCCUCGAUGAUACCUGCAUCGGCCUUGGCAACCUGACAGCUUCAGGUCCGGGUUCUGGCGUCCUCAGUCUCUGGUUUACGACUCCCAACCGGCGUUGGGGGAGUCGAUAUUUGGUUUCUUUUAUUUUUCGGUUUCGGCAAUCAGGCAUGGGAAAAAUCGCACAACAGGGAAGUGCGGGUAUCGACGUUUUUCUAGAACAGGACAUCAACAAGAAUCGAGUCAACAUUUGUUGCUCAAUGGCCAUUUCACAUCAAAAAGCUGCUCGUCAUGCUUGUGAAUUGUUCCAUGGGAGGUGCUCCCGAAGUCUCCUUAUGGGUCUUGCCUUCGGGCUACCCGCUUGUCCUAGCUGGGCUAUCGGUCCUUGCUCACAUCUCAUGCUUACCUUGACUAACAUACAGCACUGCCACAUGCCAUUAUGAUGAAAUGAGCUAAGUAGCGGGAGCUUAAGAGGCAACACAGUUCUUCGUUCGCUCCAUGACAAGCUUGUUGGGCCUACCUGGCACAGUUUAUCAAUCUGUCCGGCUUAAGUAUCGGCUCUGACUUUGAUUGAUCUUGACAUUCCCUUCGAUAUCGUGACCGCUAGGAUAUCUCCGCGUUAAUCACUUAGAUCCAUGGUUUUCGAGGUAUACGACUAGCGAAUAGUGAAACGGUGCAGUUCAAAUUAGUUAUCAGUUCUGCGCUCUCGCCUGCAGACUUCCGCUUGAGACUGUUCUAUGAAAGCGGAGGUUUGAUGGUGAGGAACAAACAUUUUGGCAAAACUAUUAAUAGGAAAAAAAAAAAAAAAACAUCUGUCUC